GGGCGUGGUCUGGGAGGGAGGACCGCACCUCCGACGCUCCACCAAUCCGAGAGAAAGCCGGCUUCCCCUGAAACCAGAUGGCCGCUGAUAUAUAGCCUGGGAGGCGAAGCUGAUGCAACACUGGACGGAGAUAACAGACCACGUCACGUGAGCGCGUUUGGAGCUCAAAGGAGGAAAACUGCGUCUCAUUCUGAAAAACACAGUCAGACACGAGUCCUGCACUGCUUCUAGUCCUGAAGAUAACCCGUUACCAGCAUGCCUGUCAUCAGAACCCUCAGCAAGGUGGCCAAGCAGGCCCUGCUCAGCACCCCGGGGUGCGGCUGUCAGCCCCUAACAGUUGCAGUACGCAACAUCAGCUUCUCCCCUCGGCAGGUGACCUCUGACGCCAGCUUCCACUCCGUGUCCUUCUCAGAGACAGACCACCCCAAGGUGCUCAUUACAGGUGGCCUGGGACAGCUCGGGGUGGGGCUCGCCAAAUUGUUGAGGAAGAGGUUUGGAAAGAACAACGUCAUUCUGUCUGACAUCAGGAAACCGCCAAGCAGCGUGUUCCACAGCGGCCCCUUCAUCUACUCAGACAUCUUGGACUACAAGAACCUGCGGGAAAUUGUGGUGAACAACCGCAUCACAUGGCUGGUUCACUACAGCGCCCUCCUCAGUGCUGUUGGAGAGGCGAACGUAGCCCUGGCACGCUCUGUAAACAUCACCGGGCUUCACAACAUCUUGGACAUUGCGGCGGAGCACGGCUUGCGUCUGUUUGUCCCCAGUACCAUCGGAGCCUUCGGUCCCACUUCCCCCCGCAACCCUACCCCGGAUCUCUGCGUGCAGAGACCUCGCACCAUCUACGGUGUCUCCAAAGUCCACGCUGAGCUGAUGGGAGAGUACUACCACCACCGCUACGGCCUGGACUUCCGCUGUCUCCGUUACCCAGGAAUCAUCUCUGCUGACUCCAUGCCAGGGGGCGGCACAACAGACUAUGCCGUCCAGAUUUUCCACGAUGCAAUCAAGAGUGGCAAGUUCGAGUGCAACUUGAAUUCCAGCACGCGGCUGCCCAUGAUGUACAUUGACGACUGCUUGCGUGCCACGCUGGAGGUAUUGGAGGCGCCAGCUGACACGCUGAGCAUGAGGACCUACAACAUCAACGCCAUGAGCUUCACCCCCGAGGAACUGGCCCAGGAACUCCAGAAGCAGAUGCCCGAGCUGGAGGUCACGUAUGACGUCGACAACGUACGGCAGGCCAUCGCCGACAGUUGGCCAAUGAACUUCGACGAUUCCAACGCACGGAAGGACUGGGGCUGGAAGCACGAUUACGAUCUGCCAGAGCUGGUCCAGACGAUGCUCAACUUCUUUGGCGCAGAGUCGCGCAUGGCUCGUGCUAACUGAAGGGCUCACAAUAUCGGUCCGAGUAUUCUUUGUACAUAAUGUAAAGACUCACCAAAGAGAAUAGAGAAACUUGGCCUGUACAUAGUCGUUCUCUCACUUCUCUCUGUAAAAUCAGAAGGGCUCUGCAUGCCUGGCACGAGGCGACCGUGUCUUCAGAAUGUGUUGUCAAAAUUCAGGUAUUCUGGGCCUAAAGCUCUUGGGGCUAAAAAUCAAGUAAGUUUGUAUCAAGAGGUGUACAAAUACACAAACUGUGUCCUUUGACGCACUUUAGACGGAUUCAUAUCCUUAAAUUACAGACAAGUAAAUGAGUCCAAUCACCUGCUGGGGCGAUUUCUGAUAAAGUGCAUCUGUAUUUCUAGUUGGUGAAGCAAAAAAUCUUGAGAAUUGUUCUUCUGUUUAUUCCAUGUACGAUUAUUUAUUCUGUCCAUCGUUGUGAUAAACGUUUGGGAGAUUCAUCGAAUUAAAGUAUUUCUUAACGCCGUUUCAAAGUGUUCCUGUCCACUUUUAUGUUUUAUGUUUUUCAUCUUCUUUGUGGGAUUAUUAUGACACAAAAGGGAAAUGUGACUCUGUAUGCAACAUUUACAUUUGGCCACAUUUUGUGGUUACUGUAUUUCAGCAUUUUGUAUUAGAAAUGCUGACAUGUGGAAAUCGGUCUGUUCUUUCAAUCACACAACAAACCUUGACAAUAAAACCUUUUUUUUUUUCACA